UGUUUUCGUUGCUCCUCCCACCUCCACCUCCGCCUCCCAUUCGCGGCUCAAACGCCAGCUCGUCCGCGCAGCACGCAACUGCUGCGACGUCUCAACAGCAGCACCAGCUGAGCCUGCGGCACUAGCGGCGCCAAGAACGGCAGCAGCGGCGCGAUGGCGGGCAACGGAGCGGCGGCUGAUUUACUGGAGCUGGAGAACGACGGGUUCACGGCGCAGCAGAUCUUCAAUCAGGGCGUGGCGUACACCUACGAUGACUGCAUCUUCCACCCGCGCCACAUCAGCUUCGCAGCGUCUGACGUGGACCUGACCGGGCGCGUGACACGUGGCAUCUCCCUGCGCAUGCCACUUGUCAGCUCCCCAAUGGACACGGUGACGGAGGCGGAAAUGGCGGCGGCGAUGGCGGCGGUGGGCGGCAUGGGGUUUGUGCAUUACAACAACAGCGUGCAGGAGCAAGCAGAUUUGAUUCGGCAGGCGAAACAGUGGCGAGUGGGCGUGGUGAAUCAGCCGCCCACUCUGCCGCCCACAAGCACAGUGCAGGCGUGGCACGAGCUGGCGGAGGAGGCCGGGCAGGGCGUGGUGUGUGUGACGGACGACGGCAGUGCGGGCGGCAGGCUGCUGGGCGUGGUCACUCAGAACGACGUUGACUUCGUUGACCCCAGCGCCUCACUUGCUGACGUCAUGACGCCUCUCAAGGACCUAGUCACUGCCUCUCCGUCAUGCUCGCAGGAAGACGCCAAGAAGCUUCUCAAGGAGUCAAAGCGCAGCAGCAUUCCCCUGGUGGCAGAAGACAGUUCCCUCCGCGGCCUCGUCACGCGCUCGCUCCUCAAGACCCACCUCGCCUUGCCGCCCCGCGGCCCGCCCUCGCUGACGGCAGACGGCAGCGUGCUGGUGGGCGCUGCUGUGGGCACGAGGGACAGCGACCGAGAGAGGGUGGCUGCACUGGUGGACGCCGGCGUCAAUGCUGUGGUGCUGGACUCAUCGCAGGGCGACUCGUCGUUCCAGCUGGCCAUGCUGGCGCACUGCAAGCGGCAGUUCCCCGACCUCGAGAUCAUCGCAGGGAAUGUGGUCACCGCGCGCCAGGCGCGGCGGCUGAUAGAGGGCGGGGCGGACGGCAUCCGCGUGGGCAUGGGGUCGGGGUCCAUCUGCACCACACAGGAAGUGUGCGCCGUGGGCAGGGGCCAGGCAGCCGCGGUGUUCAAGGUGGCCAGCCUGGCGCACGCCAUGGGCGGCGUGCCCGUGAUAGCGGACGGCGGGGUGAGCAACACGGGGCACCUCAUCAAGGCGCUCUCUCUCGGUGCCUCCGCUGUCAUGGUCGGAAGCUUCCUCGCAGGCACUGAUGAAGCACCUGGGCGCACGUACCUGCGGGACGGUGUGCGGGUGAAGAAGUACCGCGGCAUGGGGUCCUUAGCCGCGCAGAAGAAGGGCAGCGACAGCCGGUACCUGGGGGACACAGCACAGCUGAAGGUGGCGCAGGGUGUGGAGGGCGAGGUCAAGGCUAAGGGGUCGCUGCUGCGCCUCGUGCCCUUCACCGCGCACGCGGCCAGGCAGGGGCUGCAGGAUCUGGGAGUCAAGUCCGUAGGCGAGCUGCAUGAGGCGCUGCGAGCGGGGGAGAUGAGACUGGAGGUGCGCACGGGGGCAGCACAAGCAGAGGGUGGGGUGCACGGCUUAGUGGCAUAUGAGAAACGGCUCUUUUGAUUGCAUUCUAACUGUUGGAAAUACCUCAAGGACUUGAGCGUUUCUGAAGUGUAAUACUACACUCGAGUAAAGCAUCGGGUACGCGAGUCAACGGAGGUUACACGAGGAGGUUGGACGAAAGAACACGAAAGGACGAAGGACUCGAAGGGUCGCAACCGGAGGCUGCGACUGACCGUUACAACUGCAAGGGUGGUAACCGAACCGACCAUCGAGUCGCUGUGCGACUCGAUAACCGUUUCUUCAACUGUAUUCCACAAUUGCUUUACCUUCCUAUUUUCUAUAUAUUACUGUAUGCUUGUUUCUUUUAAUCAAUCACUUGCUCUCAC